AUGCAAGUCUCCCCAGCUAUCGUGAAAGGUAUCGCAGUCUCAUCAUUAGGCUUAUACGCAGGUAUUUUGACUUCGUCCACAGUAAUUUCCAUUACCACCCCUAUAAGUGUUUUGACACAACAUUUGAAGAAUGUUUUAUGCACAUUAGGAUGCUGGAGCACCGUUUUGGGUGGCCUAGCUACAAGCGCCUUCGGUAUCAGCUAUUACUUAGCUGCACCAGGAGAAAGACCAAACUAUCUUUUAUGUGGAUUAGGUGUUGCUCCAUUAUCUGCGGCAUACCUAUACCUAGUGUCUCUCUUCAAUCAUAAAUUAGCCCCAAGAUGCGCACGUGACGACAGUGAUUUAGAGAAACAAGAUGAAAAAUUGCCCCAAAAUCACCCACAAGUUAAUGAUGGAGAAGCCGCAUGCCCAUUCUCAAAGAUGAAUAAUGCAAAAAAAUUGAAACCUGAGUCCGAAAGAAGCGUGAAGUGUCAUUCAUACAUGUCAUUGCACAUGUCUAUUGUGACUGGCAUAACAAUUUUUACCUUUGGUAAGUGCAUCCUGGAUGGAUUCAAAGCAUGA